AUGGCUGAUAAGUUAACUGAAGAACAAAUUACAGAAUUCAAAGAGGCUUUCUCUUUGUUCGACAAAAAUAACGAUGGUAAAAUUACAACCAAGGAAUUGGGUACUGUCAUGAGAGCUUUGGGUCAAAACCCUUCAGAAUCCGAAUUAAAUGAUAUGAUCAAUGAAGUCGACAUAAAUUCCGAUGGUUCUAUUGAUUUCCCAGAAUUCUUGACCAUGAUGGCUAGAAAAUUGAAGGAUAACGAUUCAGAAUUAGAAAUCAUUGAAGCGUUCAAAGUGUUUGACAGAAAUGGUGAUGGGAAGAUUUCUGCCGCCGAAUUAAGACAUGUUUUGACUUCAAUUGGUGAGAAGUUGAGUGAUGCUGAAAUUGACCAAAUGAUUAAGGAAGCUGAUUCUAAUAAUGAUGGUGAAAUUGACAUCAAUGAAUUCACCCAGUUGUUGAGUCCUAAAUAG